AUGAGCGAACCAACCGAAACCCAAUCCCCCGAGCUCUCGGAGCAGGAGAAGCGCACACAGCUGGACGACUUGAUCGCCCGCGCCGCUGCGAAGGAUGCGACCAAAGACCACGACUCUGCAUCCGAGCUCUACUCCCAAGCCACUGAACUUCAGGCCGAACUGAACGGAGAAUUAUCAGUCGAGAAUGCUGAUUUGCUGUACGCCUACGGAAAAUCGCUGUAUAACGUCGCAGUGAGCAAGAGCGACGUUCUUGGCUCUAAGGUGGCCGGUGAGCCCGAGUCUGGCACCACAUCCUCGAAAAAUGCUCCUGCAACAUCGAAAUCCUCUAGCGCCACCGGCGGUAACCUCGUGAAAGACGCAAUCGCUAAUCCCGCGCAAUCCUCAUCCGCGAAGCCCAAGAAAGAGUCGGAGCCUACAACUUCCAAACCUUUGUUCCAAUUUACCGGCGAUGAGAACUUCGUCGACUCUGAAUCCGAGGAUGAGGACGCUGGGGAGCAAGAUGAAGAAGCGGAAGAGGACGACGACUUUGCCAAUGCCUUCGAGGUCCUCGAUCUGGCUCGUGUCCUAUAUCUCAAAAAGAUGGAGGCUGCGGAGACCGACGGCGGCAAGGGAAAAUCCACCGAACUCUCCAGCGAUACAAAGCAACUCAUGGAGCGACUGGCCGAUACGCAUGAUCUUCAAGCCGAGAUUUCGUUAGAGGCGGAGAGAUUCAGCGAUGCGGUUUCCGAUUUGAAGACUGUCCUCGAAUUGAGAAACUCACUAUAUCCUCUUGAAGAUCCGUCUGUCGCCGAGUGUCAUUACAAGCUUUCUCUCGCCUUGGAGUUUGCGUCAGUGCAACAGCCCGAGGAAGAUAGCGGCGAGAAGCCCAAGGUUGAUGAGGAAAUGCGCAAUGAAUCUGCCACCGAGAUGGAACGUGCUAUUGAGAGCUGCAAGCUCCGGAUGGCCCAGGAGGAGAAGAAGCUUGCAUCCGAGAAGGAUGAGGACGAAGACAAGGCGAACGCAACAAAGAGAAAGAUCGCAAAUGUCAAGGAAAUUGUGACAGACAUGGAGCAAAGGCUCGUGGACCUGCGCCGACCACCUGUCUCGAUCGAGGAGAACGAUGAAUCCAAUGAAGCCAUGCUCAAGGGAGUCUUGGGACAGAUCAUUGGCCAGUCGGCAACAGAUCAAAAGGCCCAGCUUGAUGCGGCCAGCAAGGGAGCCACGGAUCUGUCUGCGUUCGUCAAGCGCAAGCCUGCAAAGAAGCCAGUCCCGACUGAGACUUCCUCUAAACGGCCUGCGGAGGAGCCUGCCACCGAGAAUGACUCGAAGAGAUCUCGCGUUGAUGACGCUUCUUCGUGA